CGCAAGGUAUUGUGACUUGCCUGUGUUGAUUGUGGUGAUGCAAAAGAAGGCAUACAAAUAAUUUAAAGUGAAAUGAGAUAUUUUUACAUUUUUAAUGAUCACAAUUGGCUUUCCUAGAUUGGAGUUGUAGCUAUUUCUGCAUGGUUUGCUGUGGGACAGUUAAUGUUUUGUACUGACAAAGUAUUAACACUGCAGAAAGGAGAGAAGAAGAAGAAAAAGAAAAAAGUGUCCAACACAGACACGCUGCAGGAGCAGAGAAAAAACAAAAAGGAGAUGGAGUUUGAGCUAAAACUGGCCAAGGAGAAAGAAGAGAUGUACGAACGAGAAAAGCAGUUGAAAAUCAAUAGGCUGGUUCAGGAGGUUUCAGAGACAGAAAGAGAAGACCUAGAAGAGUCUGAGAAAGUUCAACACUGGGUUGAGAGUCUUUGUCAGACUCGGUUGGAACAAAUCUCUUGUGUGGAGAACGAGUCACCAGAGGUACACUGUGAGAUCUCCUUUGUUAUAAGCUCUCUGUGUGCUGUGGUCUUGCCUUAUGUGUUCCAAAAGAUGUAUAUUGAUUCUGGCAAAGAGUUAAAUAUUGUUAAUUUUCUUCGUUAAGGACUUUGACGUAAGUAAUUGGAACGUACAACUGCAUUACUCUCAAUUUCGAGCAGUGGCCGUUUUUAGUUGGGGAUGGAUAUUUAUACAGCCAUUAAUUUUCUAUAUCUUGGAGGUGGGGGUGUGGAUGAGCCUAUCACAGCUGCGUUCGGGUGUAAGUCGCCACCUCACUGAAUUAUAACUACCAUAAUAGGAUGAGUAGUUGCAGCGUAAGAAGACAAAAGAACGCCAUUUUAUAUCCAUUUGUCCUUGUUAAUUUACAGUACAGCGAUGCACGAGAUGCU